AUGGUCAAAAUUGUACCCGCGAGGUGUAAACAAAUACAAUGGCAAGCAAACAAUAAAUCACAAGAUUUAUGGACAAAUAUGUAUCAAUGGGUUAAAUCAAAUAAAUUAAUUGUGCAGACCAAAUUUGAUAAUUUAAUUCAAUAUUAUAUACCUGCUGGAGACGAAACAAAUAUUAUAGAUGUCGAAAUUGAUUUAAUGAAGAAAAUGAAAUGGUAUUCUUUUGAUCAGUAUAAAAUAAAUGCAUUUAAUAUUUGGUCUAUUAUAUUACCAAUAGAUAAAUUAAAAUAUUUAGAUGAGGUCCGCGAUUGUCCAGCAUUUUUCAAAAAAUUUAUGUGUAAACAUGUUGCCGGUAUGGCAAUUGGAUUAAACUACUGGAAACUACCACUAGCUGCUAAAAAUGUUAGAAUUGCAGCUGUUGCACUGUUUGGAUUACAGUAUGUCCAUGAUGACAUUGUACCAGUUGCAAAAUCAUUAUUUGCAAUGAGUUCAACAGUGGGUGCUGUUAUACUUCGUACAGAUACAGCAUCAAGCGCAAAAAAACCAAUAUCUUCACGAAAAGAGAAUGCAAUACGAGUUCGAUUUGAAAUAGCUGCAUAG